CACACACACACAGCACCACACAGACUAGUGGAAGCUGUCUUCCACACACGCAGAUACCGUUAGUCAUGCCAGAGAUAGAGCUGGCUCAGUACAGGACAGCCAGCAAACAGUAGAAUCAGAAAAUAAAGGGAUUUAAGCCAUGGACGGAGACAUGGAGGACAGCCUUUCUCCUGUUAUCAUGGAGGUGUGGAGCUCAGCUUCUGAAGAAGAGGAAGAUGAGAUAAGUGCUUCCAGCUUGGUGGAUGAAAUAGUGCAAGAGGAGGGAAAAUGCCCCAAUAACAAUAAUAACAACAACAACAACAACAACAAAGACAGCCUUUGCACUGAGGUGACACAAGUGUUGUCCUCAGACAGAGUGGGCCAGGUCACCAAGACGUAUCAUGACAUCAAAGCAGUCACCCAUCUUCUGGAGGAGAAAGAGCGGGAUCUGGAGUUGGCGGCCCGCAUUGGUCAGUCCCUGCUGAAGAAAAACCAAGAACUGACAGAACGCAAUGAAAUGCUGGAUGAGCGGCUUGAAACCGCAAAGGAAGAGAUCGCUCAACUUCGCCACGAGCUCUCGAUGCGAGAUGACCUCCUCCAGUUCUAUGCAAGCACCGAGGAGAUAGAGAACGCUCAGGCACACUCACCAAUCAAAAGGAAUGAAUCAAGCAGUUCUCUCAGCAACUUUGUUCACUAUGACUUUUUGCAGCAGAAACUAAAGAGUUUAGAGGAAGACAACCGCAAACUGAAAUUGGAGGCCAGUGAGCUCUCAACAGAGACAACCAACUACGAGGAACAGGAGCAGGAGCUGAUGAUGGUGUGUGUGGAGGAGCUCUCGACGGCCAACAAACAGGUGGUCGACCUCUCGGAAGAUCUGGCAAGAAAAGUAGAGGAUACUCUCCGACAGCAGGAAGAGAUCAGCUCAUUGCUUGCGCAGAUUGUUGACCUACAGGCUCGCUGCAAAGGGAUCACCCACGAGAAUGAGGAGCUAAACCAACACCUGAGUGCCUCCCGUGAGAGCGAGUUAAAACUACAAUCAGAGCUCAAGGACUUGCAGGACAAGUACUCAGAGUGUGAGGACAUGCUCCACGAGGCACGGAAGGAUAUUAAAAACCUGCGGAACAAGACUCUGCCCAACAGCACGGUGCAGCGGUACACGGCUCUGGCCUCCGUCCUUCCCAUGGACUGUCUGGCAGCAGAGAUAGAGGGCACCUUCCGCAAAGGCCUGGACACCCCAGCGCCGUCAGAGUACAAGAACCACCCGUGGCGCGUGUUUGAAACAGUGAAGCUGAUAAACAAGGCUGGGAAGUCGAGGUCUCAGUGCCACUCACCAGGGCUGCCAGGCUCCAGCCCAGUGUCUGCACGCUCCAGUUGCACCAGCACGCCCAGAACCAGCUACUACGGCUCAGAUAAUGCCAGCUUCACCCUGGAGGAAAAGCCCAGCUCUGCACCUGCUUUGAAAGAAGACAACAGCGUUAGUGAGCCAAAACGUCUGGGUCAGCCGGGCACACCCGGAGGCCAGGACCUUGAAGCUGCCCUGCACAGCCUCUCUGCCCGCCAGCAAAGCCACUCCUCUGACCGGCCUUUCUUUGACGUAGAGCGGGAACGAAAACUCCGUGCCUUAGCGGAAAACUGUGAGGAAGGCGAUGGCUCCAGUGGCUUUCUGACACCAAAUUACAGCCUUGCCUCCAGCCCAGCAGCAUCGACAAGCACCAACUACUCCAAUGGCAGCUCACGGCACUCUUGUGGGUCCUUUGGAGGAUCCAGGUCCUACCUGCCUGACCGGCUGCAGAUUGUUAAACCUCUGGAAGGUUCGGUGACCCUGCAUCAUUGGCAGCAGUUGGCCAAACCAAAUCUGGGGGGCAUCCUCCACCCCCGUCCAGGCGUCCUGACUAAAGACUUCAAAGAGCUUGAGGUGGACAUUCAGCAUGUCUACAGUCUUAAUGACCUGGAGGAGGAUGAGCCGGACCUCUCACAGCUCUCUGGUGCUCAUGGUUUGGUCUCUCCAUCGGGACCCAACCUCCCCCAGACCUCUCCCAUACAUACCAUUACCACCUGCAAAGCCCUCCAAUCCUCCCCUCUCAUCCCCUCCUUCUCCACUAGCCUUCGCUCUUUCGGCCUGCCGUCUCAUCGGAGCAGUGAGCACGUGAGCACUUCUUCUCCCUCCCACUUUGGCCUCACCACCAAGUCCACCACAAAUGCAUCCACAUCCACUUCAUCCCUCGGACUCCUGCAGCUUCUGCAAGAGCGCGGCAUCUCAGCCUGUCCUAAUUCCUACAACCUGCGCUAUAGCCGUAGUGCACAACCUUCACGUUCCACAGUAAACCACAAAAGUGGCGACUCGGACAAAAAUGGAGGGACAAAUGUUUUUAGCUUGAACUUAUUGGAGAAGCUUCAGAGCCUCGGGCUGCACAGGGUUGCAGCCUGGGGGAUGAUGCCGGGAAGGAAAACAGAGAGAAGCAAUUCAACGUCUUCCAAAAGUGUGAUGAGCUCCCCACUUAGUCCUCUCUAGUUCACCAUUGUGACUUUGCAUUGAGCCAUGCAGUUCCACUGUGCAGUCCAGGACCCACCACAGCACCCGUGUCUUGUAAAGAAAAGCCACAGAAUGUGUUAGAGCCAUACUUGAGCUGAUGGUAGCGUACACCUUUUCUAUGAACUCGUAAACUGUAGUGCUUGUUUGUGAGACGUUUUCAUCUCAGGACAACCACCUGAUCACCACUCAUGUGCUGCUUUUCACACAAAGAAGAAAUCUUUUUUUUUUUUUUUUUACCAUGUUUUGUGAAUGUAAUUUUACAAUUGUCCCAAUAUUAGGUUUUAAAAACCUCAUCACAUGUUCUCACUUAGUUUUUUUUUUAGUUUCCAAAGUGAAACAUCAGUUAUGUGUAAAUAAUUGUCAUUUGAUAUUUAAAUUGAGAUAUUUAAAGAAAAGACUAUAUGCAGUAAAUUACUGUUGGUUGAAACCACAGAUAAGUCACACUGAAGAACAUUCAAAUGCACUUCAACACACUGGUCGUCCUGCUGACACGCUGCUUCACGGAGAAAAGCAUGCUGUAUUUAAAAAAAAAAAAAAAAAGUUAUAUGUGCUUAUCAGGAAGCAAUGCAAAUCCAUCUGCUCCAGAUUGCAGAAUAACCGAAGUGGACACGAGGGAUUUCUGUCAGCUGUCUGCCCUGGAGUUAGUUCAUCACCUGCCCUCACACACCUCUUCUGCUGGGUGAAACCUCACUGGAACCAAAUACGGUUUGCUGUGCUACAGUACAGCCAAUGAAUGGAUGCAACACGAGUCCUCACUGUCCACGCUCACUGAGCAUCGUGUUUGUACAAAUCUUCUGUAUUUCUUGCCAUCAGGAAUAUUUAAUCUACUGGGAUUUUACCAAAAUCCUGUUCAACAUUUAUAUUGAUUUCUUAAAUAUGUUAAUGUUGAUGAAACUUGCAGCGUGGUCAUUAUUAUUUAAACAGCAUCUUACUUUCUGAACAGUUGAUCAUAGAAAAAAAAGGCAUAGGAUACUGCGGAUUUUAAAGGGAAGAAAUCAUAAACGUGGUAUAAUAAUUUGUGUUCUGACUCAAAUCAGCCAAACUACUGUUUCACUCUGUUAGCUGUACAUCUGUGUGUGUAAAUUGUACCUCCUGCGAAUAAAACUUUUCAUCCAGUA